CAUGAGCGCACUGGGCACGCGCGGCUUUCCGUCGCUGCCGUUGGUUCCCUACCAGCAUCUGUUCCUCCGUUGGUAUUAAAAAUAGACCGGUGCUGAUAACAGACUUAUGUUUCGGCUUCACCACCCGCCGUCGGGAAUCGUUUUGCGCGCUACUCUCAUCUUAAUCACCGAACCGUGACCGGUGGGAGCGCAAAUGCGCAUCGUUUUGCGCAUCUCUGAAUCUUUGGAACCUCGCCGUGGACAAUCCCCCUGACAUCCAAAGACAUCUUCCCUGCAAUCCCAGCAAGGCUUCUUCGAUGCCUAUGGCCGUAGAUAAAGUCGGCUGGCCUCGUCCCGGACCUUUCACCCACGGCUGCCCUCCAAAAGGUCUUUGAAUCAAGGAGGCAUCUCGGGAUUUUUAUUUUUUAUUUUUUUGGAUCUCCUCAUCAGACUGUUUUUGAAGAACCCGGUGACAUGCUGGGCCCAUCUCUCUAAAUCUCGUGAUCAAUAGCCUGCACCAUCUCUCCUCCCACAUUCGUCCGACAGAGACCCUCACCGAGCCCUAAUGAUGCAUCCGAACGCGUUGAUGCUGGCGGUGGUCCUUCUGCGCAACUUGAUGCUGCCCUUCUGCUCGGCUCAAAACGCUGGGUUUGUGAAGUCGCCACUGUCUGAGACUAAGCUUACUGGGGACACCUUUGAGCUGUACUGCGAGGUGGUCGGUAACCCCACUCCGGAGAUCCAGUGGUGGUACUCAGAAGUCAACCGAGCCGAGUCCUUCAAGCAGCUGUGGGACGGAGCUCGCAAACGCCGGGUGUCCAUCAACACGGCCUACGGCACCAAUGGGGUCAGUGUGCUCGGCAUCACUCGUCUCACAUUGGAGGACUCAGGGACCUAUGAGUGUCGAGCGAGCAACGACCCCAGGCGCAAUGACCUCCGACAAAAUCCUGCCAUUACCUGGAUCCGCGCCCAGGCCACCAUAUCAGUGCUACAGAAACCAAAGAUCAAUGCCUCUGAUCAGAUCAUCCUGCCACUGGAUGCAACAAUCAAACCUGUUACUCUUCAUUGUAAUCUUACUGCUGCCCAUACCCAACACAAGGACAGCUUCUGGAUGAAGAAUGGGAACGAGAUCCCAAACACACGGGCAGACCAAGGGACAUCGUUUACAUCGUUCAAAAUCUCUAAACCUCGAGCCGAUGAUUCAGGGGAAUACAUGUGUGUUUAUACAUUCGAGAAAGCGCCGAAUGCAAAUGCAACAAUUGAAGUUAAAGCAAAGCCCCACAUCACCGGCCACAAGCGAAGUGAAAAUAAAAACGAGGGGGAAAAUGCAAUGAUGUACUGCAAAUCUGUCGGCUACCCACAUCCAACUUGGACAUGGCGAAAGGUCGACGGAAAUUCCUACAAGGACAUUGACAACUCCACAGGACGCUUCUUUAUCACAAGCAGAACCAACUAUACUGAGAUCAACAUACUGGACCUGGAUAUAACUACUGAUCCUGGAAUAUAUGAAUGCAACGCAUCCAACGCCAUUGGGAACACUGCAGAAACCACGAUACUACGAGUGCGCAGCCAUCUUGCACCACUUUGGCCUUUUCUGGGGGUGCUUGCGGAAAUUAUCAUCCUUGUAGUUAUUAUCGUCGUGUAUGAGAAACGCAAGAGGCCAGAUGACAUUAUUGAUGUGAGAGAUCCUGCAUGGUUAUGAAGAUCUGUUGUCAGUUUGUAUGUUUGUUUUUUUUCCUUAUCAGCCUCCAGCCCAUUUACUAUCUUUAUUAUCUCUGAUGAGAAAAAGCUUUGAAUUUAAACUGACAUUUGCAUUUCUGUGACGAUGACCAGAUGACAAUCUUAUCCAUUUAUUCACUGUAAAAUGUAAUAUAAUAGGUCAAUAUUUUGAAAGCUGUUCUUUGACUGUGAUAUAAUCCAGAUAUGAUUUUAACCAGACACUAUACUAUUGAAGGAAUUUCCCUAAAGUGAAAAAAUUCAAAGAUUUCCAAGAUUUUAAAUGUUAAUUUUAGCACUACAACUAACGAUUAUAUUGCAAAUUGAUUAAUCUGUCGAUUCUUUUUUCAAUUAAUUGAAUAAUAAUCGGAUCGCAAAAAUGUUCCAGAAAGAAGACUAUUUACAAAUCUAAACCAAGUAAAAAUAAAAAUGUUUCCACUUGAGGAGUUUUGUAUCGACCAUAUUGACAGAUGAAAAAAAUAGUUUUCUUAAAUGCAAAGUGUUACUUUUUUUUUUUUUUUUUUACAAUGUUGGUAUACUUGCUGCUCUAAGUUGUCAGCUAAAGGGAUGUUUUAGAGCUUCUCUACUCCAGUUAACAAUUAAUCCAUUAAAAAAUUAAUUGAGGAUUAUUUCAAUAAUCGACUGAUCACGAUUAAUUGUUUAAGCUGUAGUGAAUUUAUCUCCAAACUAAGUUGAAUUUGUAACAGUUAAGACAGAUGUUACCUCCCGUUGUCCAAGCACAAUUCGUAAAUGGUUAAUCUAGAUUAGUAGAUUUUGGAUAAGUAAAUCCAAUAAGGCAGAACUAUUUAAAAUGUCAAACCUCUGUGAAAUUAACAGGAUUAUCUGCCUUGAUAAGAGUUAACCUAUUAUCUGUACUUUUUUUGGUAACCUUAAUCAAAAUAUUGAUCAAGUAGGAUCACUAAGUAGGACAAAAAAUAUUAAUCCAUUCCAUAGUUUAACCUGACAGUAAAUGCAGCUGUCUAAUUAAAAUCAUUUGCAUUCAUUUGCCUAUAAGUUGUGACAACUGUGCUUGUAUCUGGAAGCAGAAACCUAAACCUGGUACCUGUUUUCCACCAAAGCUGUAAAACCAAUAUUUUCUGCACCUAACUAGCUCACUUUUUCUGAAUGUUGCUGACUUUGCUAUUAAACUUUUUUUAAAGUAUGCAGAAAGCCCAAAAUACAUUUUUAAGCAAACUGUAGCUGCAGCACACUGUUGAGAUUCUCUGAAAAAAGCUCUCUAGGGAAACAAUCCACUGGAAGUUAGAUGCAUCUUGGAGCAUCGAACCACACCACUACCAUCUUGUUUAACAAUCGUUUUCUGGAAUGUCAUGUUACUUUUAGGGAAAAAAGUAUACACCUUCCAUUUUCAUCUUGUCAAUCCGUUAAAUAUUUUACCAAAAACCUUGGUAAUUAUCAAGAUGGCUUUCCUUUCAAAACGUCACACGAGCCUUUGUGAUCUUUGAUCCAGCUGUUUUUAGCUUCAAAUCAUCCCAUAUAUUUUGUACUUGAAAGUAUCUAUAAGCUUGUUUAAAUGGUUCACAGACAUCACAUAAAGUAAAUGUUAUAAAUCUUUGGUUUAACAUUUUAGACAUUUAUAAGAACUCUAAAUAUUGAACUGCUUAGUGGAGACUAUUUUAUCCAAUAAAAACUAAAGAAAAACAAGCUCCAGCCCGUCUUAAACCAAUAUCCUCUGAGAUACUAAAUCUGUGCUCCAGUUUUAACUCUCUUUGUCACAAAUAUAACUUGCAACACAGUUAAGGUAUAAAGUCAAGAUUAUUUGUGUUCUACAUAAAAAAAAAAAAAAAAAAAAACAUUUUCUAUUAUAUAAUAUUUUCUUUACACAAAUUCAACUCCUAUUUAUCUUCCUAACAAUUUCUCUCCCACUGGUAGAAACUAAUCCGUUCCUCCAGUAAGCGCCUUGGUGUCAGCCUGCCCUGCAGCUGAUUGUUUAACAACACUUUAGACUGAAAUGGCUUUUUUCUAAACAUAUCAGCACAGUGUAAAAGGGUGAUUCUCAAGCUACAGUCAUAUUUGCUCAUGGCUUUUUUUCAGAAAAACCAACGCAUAUUAUUAGAAAUAUUUUGAUUAGUUCUAAUUCAUCAAAAUGCAUAGAAACAGUAACUGACAGUGGUUGCAAUGUAAUUACAUGAAUAUUAUAUAAUGUAUAUUAUGUACAAAUAUUAUAUAUAUAGAUAUGUUAAUGACUGUUGUGGAAAUUACAAUGUUUAGAAUUUUCUUUAAAAUCUCAUGACAUAUUAGCAUGCUAAUCUCUGUUUUACAGUUAAAAAACACUCAAAAUACUCUAAAUUAAAUUAUUAAAUUAUCUUUGUCAUUUGUACAUUUAAAGGAAUAUGAGCAAAUAGGGAAAAAGAAUAUGCAAUGUUUGGUAUUGAUGACCAAUAAACCUACUCUUGGUUUUGCAAAACUUUCCUUAAUUUUGUUUCUUAUUUCCCUUCUCUACAUGGAGCUAAUGCUGCUAUCCUGCUAUUAGCUUUCCUCUCAUAAGACAACUAUUGUGGUUGCAAGUACGCAAAGGUUAAAAAAGAAUUAAAAGGUACAGUUUCAUGGUACAAAUGACAGCGAUCCCGAGGGUCAUGUGUUCUUUUAAUGAAAAAUAUAGAAAAUACCAAUAUAUCUUUAAAACACUUUAUAUUUAUUCAUUAAAAUAAGGAAUUUCUGCGCUAUUGUCAAUAAAGGUCACGCUGAAUCAAAUUUCAUUUCAUUCUUAUAAGGGACAGAAAGUCCAAAACCCGCCCAAUGGGCAAACAGCAAAAACACUCAAUAUAAAACAACAUUUUAUAUAAUACAAAUAGUAAUACAUCUUUCAUAAUUUUUUGUAAAUUUGUCUUUGUUUCCAGGACAGAUCUGGCAGCAUGGAUAAAAAAAUGACAAACAUGUUUUUUCUUAUUUCUGUCUGGGACACAAAUAGUUUAAUAGUUAGAGAAUAACCCAAAUGCAGAAAUUCAUUUUCAUAUUUACCAUACAUGUUUACAUUUUUUUAACAUAGUAUAUGAACCUAAAUCAAAUGAAGCAUCAUUUUUUUGCUGACCUUUUGAAUUUAAAAUUCAAAGCUUAGACAAUUUUUAGACCGGCAAAUGUUACGUGGCAAACUAAAUAUGUAGGUUUAAACCCCUCUUUUUCUCCUAAUAAAUAAAAGCUUUUUUUUAUUUAUUGGUUAUCCUAACCACUAUCCCUAUAUAGUUUUUGUAUGUAUAAAUAUAUUUACAAAGAGUCAGCCUUCAUGAGCUCCACAAGGUUUUUAGUCAACUGAAAACUUGAAGUGAUUAAGGUAGAUUAUAUUUGCCAUGUUUAAGUCAUUCAAAUCAGGCUGAAUCCCAACUCACAGCCUUCCUCAAAUCUCCUUUUAGCGUGCCCUGUUCCCAGCGGUUUUUGCCCAUCUGCGUGCGUUAUAAUUUCAGGUCUCUUGAUGGCUUAGCUGUGUUGGAACAAUUUUUUUUUAACUCCAGUCUAAGGCAGGCAUCUCCAAAGUCGGUACUCGAGAGCCGCUGUCCUGUAGGUUUUAGAGGUUCCCUUGCUCCGGCAUAGCUGAUUUUAAUUGAAAGUUGAUUAACAGGCUUUUGCUCAACUGCAAUCAUCAUAAUCAGCUGUGCUAAAGCAGGGAACCCUCUAAAACCUGCAGGACAGCGGCCCUCGAGGACCGACUUUGGGGAUGCCUGGCUUUGAUGCAGAGGCUGAUGUUUCUGUAUCAGCUGUUAAAAUUAAAAAUUUUGCUGUGUGAUGAAUCUAAAAUGUGUUAUUUGAUAAAGUGAAAUCACAAUUGAUGUUUUACAGAUCUGUAGUUGGACUAAUAUCACACAGUAAACGCUGUUGUUAGUGCGCUUGCAAAGGCAUAACAGUGAAUUUGUGUCAUAUACUACCCAUCUGAAGUGUGAUAAAGCUGCAUAAGCCGACAGAUUUUCCUCCUCUUGACAGAACCAUAUUUUCUUGUUUUGGUCUAACAUUAUAACAGCCAUAAUCUGCUCCAUUUUAAUACCAUGGAAUGCUGCUAAUGCUGCUUAUCCCUGACUAAUAACUGCAUGGAAAAUAGUUAACCUGCUGACACAUUUCAUUUGUUUGCAAAACACCAACAACCCUACAUAACCCAAGACUGAAGGGGUGUGAAACCAUUUUAUUUCUUCUUUUUGAAAACCACCAACAACUUCCAGCAUCUUUUUGUUUUUUGUUUUCCUGAAACACUGUAUGAAUAUCACUUAUUUCCCUAUUUUAGUACACAGUUAUAGGUUAGGUCUUUGACAACUUAGAUUGUUGCUUUAUACAGAUAAAUGUUAAAUAUCAACAUGGUAAUAAGUCCCAAGUCUAUUUAAAUAUACUUAAUGUAAUUGAAAGAUGGCUUUAAGUGAGCCAUCUGUAGCACUCCUACACAAUGUUUCUAUUUGAAAUAAACAAGAAUCCCAUGAGAUUUAGAUGUUAUGUAAGCUUAAGAUUAUAAUGUUUGGCAUGCAAGAUAGUUUUUUUUUAUUUCUAGUCCUGGUUCUGUAGAAAAUGCAACAUACUGAAUGCACAAAAGUUUUAUUUACAUUCUUUUUCCAGCCUUCGAAAACUUGACUAAAAAAACACACAUUUGAAGUCAUUUUCUGCAGGUAUUGUAUUUCUGUUCUAUUUUUUUCUCCCAUUAUGACAUUGUGUUUCUGUCUCAUU